UUCCCACCCCCACCCUCCUCUGUUGCUAUCUCUGCAACUCUCUCUUGAAAAUCCAAUUCUCUUCAACAUCCAAAGCUCUGAGAGGCUCAUGCCAGCCAAAUUACCAAUAUGACCCUCUCCCCAGCUCUCUCCAUUUCCAGCUCUUCGCCUCUCCCCGCUUCACUUUCCAACCUUAACCCUAAGUCCCACCAUCUCUCAGUCGUCACUAAAACCCCGGACUCAUCCGUACACCGGAGAUUCCUAUCCGGCCACCGUAAUUUCCUCUCCGGAGACCGGCGGUUGGCGUUCUCGGCUAGGGCGAAGCCGAAGGAUCUCAUCCUUGGGAACCCGUCGGUGACAGUCGAGAAGGGGAAGUACAGCUACGACGUCGAAACCCUAAUCAACAAGCUCAGCAGCCUCCCUCCCCGAGGCAGCAUAGCUCGGUGUCUCGACAUCUUCAAGAAUAAACUGUCGCUAAACGACUUCGCUUUGGUGUUCAAGGAGUUCGCGGCGCGCGGCGAUUGGCAGCGAUCGCUGAGGCUCUUCAAGUAUAUGCAGCGCCAGAUAUGGUGCAAGCCUAACGAGCACAUUUACACCAUCAUGAUCAGCUUGCUAGGCCGCGAAGGCCUACUCGAUAAAUGCUCCGAGGUGUUCGACGACAUGCCAAGCCAAGGCGUGGUCCGUAGCGUAUUCAGCUACACCGCUUUGAUCAAUGCCUAUGGGCGCAACGGUCAGUAUGAAACCUCCCUUCAAUUUCUUGAUAGAAUGAAGAAAGAUAAGGUUUCGCCGAGUAUAUUGACUUAUAAUACCGUUCUCAAUGCCUGUGCUAGAGGUGGGUUGGAAUGGGAAGGGUUAUUAGGAUUGUUUGCCGAAAUGAGGCAUGAAGGGAUUCAACCUGACCUUGUUACUUAUAAUACUUUGCUUAGUGCUUGUGCUGGUAGAGGUUUAGGUGAUGAGGCAGAGAUGGUGUUCAGGACUAUGAAUGAGGGUGGGAUUGUUCCGGAUAUAACCACUUAUCGUUAUCUUGUUGAAACUUUUGGUAAAUUGGAUAAGCUUGAGAAAGUAUCAGAGCUGCUUAAAGAGAUGGAAUCUGGAGGGAAUUUACCUGAUAUUACAUCGUAUAAUGUGUUAUUAGAGGCAUAUGCACAAUUGGGGUCAAUUAGAGAGUCAAUGGGUGUGUUUAGGCAGAUGCAAGCAGCAGGGUGUAUGCCAAAUGCGGCCACUUAUAGUAUUCUGUUGAAUUUGUAUGGGAGGCAUGGACGGUAUGAUGAUGUUCGGGAGCUUUUUCUUGAGAUGAAAAUUAGCAAUACAGAGCCAGACCCGGCUACAUAUAACAUUCUCAUACAGGUGUUUGGGGAGGGUGGGUAUUUUAAAGAGGUGGUGACUUUGUUUCAUGAUAUGGUGGAGGAGAAUAUUGAGCCGAAUAUGGAGACGUAUGAAGGGUUGAUAUAUGCUUGUGGAAAGGGAGGACUCCAUGAGGAUGCCAAGAACAUUUUACUUAACAUGAGUGAGAAAGGAAUAGUGCCUAGUUCGAAGGCUUAUACAGGGGUUAUUGAAGCAUAUGGGCAAGCGGCAUUGUAUGACGAAGCUCUUGUUGCCUUCAACACAAUGAAUGAAGUGGGAAGCAAACCAUCAGUUGAAAGCUACAACUCGCUGAUAUAUGCAUUUGCAAGAGGCGGCCUAUACAGGGAGACUGAAGCAGUUUUGUCAAUAAUGGGCGAGGUGGGUGCUGCCAGGAAUGUCCAUACAUUCAAUGGUAUGAUUGAAGCUUUUAGACAAGGAGGUCAGUUUGAGGAAGCUAUAAAGGCAUACGUUGAGAUGGAAAAGAGAAGAUGUGAUCAUGAUGAAUGGACCCUUGAGGCAGUUUUAAGUGUUUACUGCGUUGCAGGUCUUGUUAAUGAGUGUGAGGAGCACUUCCAAGAGAUGAAAGCCUCGGGAAUAUUGCCCAGUGUCAUGUGCUACUGCAUGAUGCUUGCUGUUUAUGCAAGGAAUGACAGGUGGGAUGAUGCCAAUGAGUUGCUAAAUGAGAUGCUCACAAAUAGGGCAUCAAAUAUUCAUCAAGUAAUUGGGCAGAUGAUAAAGGGAGAUUAUGAUGAUGACUCUAACUGGCAGAUGGUAGAGUAUGUUUUUGACAAAUUAAAAUCUGAAGGAUGCGGGUUGGGAAUGAGGUUCUACAACACACUACUAGAAGCACUUUGGUGGCUGGGCCAGAAACAAAGAGCUGUCCGAGUUCUUAAUGAAGCGACACAGCGGGGGCUUUUUCCUGAACUUUUUCGUAAAAAUAAACUCGUGGGGUCUGUUGAUGUGCACAGGAUGUGGCAAGGCGGUGCAUAUGCAGCAAUGUCAGUUUGGCUAAACAAUAUGUAUGAGAUGUUCCUGAAUGGAGAGGAUCUUCCCAAUAUUGCAACUGUUGUUGUAGUACGAGGAAAGAUGGAGAAAAGCUCAAUGACACAAGAUUUGCCGAUUGCAAAGGCUGCUUAUUCAUUUCUGGAGGAUAAUAUGCCAUCAUCCUUUUCCUUCCCAAAAUGGAACAAGGGUCGAAUUCUCUGCCAGCGCCCUCAGCUCAAACGGAUUCUAUCAAGCAUCGAACCAUCAACAGAUGGGUCGGAAAGGAAAAAAAUAAUUACAUUAAGUAACUCCCUGUUUCCUCCUCUGGGAACAAAAACAUCCUCCAAAGAUGUCAAUAGUGGACGGUAUAAUGACAUCACUUCUGAUGAAAGAUUAAGGAUAAGAACAGAGCUUUUGACAAGUGCAGUUUAGAUACACUAGAUAUACUCAUCACUUACUAGAGUUUGGUUUAGUUUUACUUGUCGCCAUUUCAAUACAAGAAUGGGAAUACGUCAGGACCAAUUCAUAGUUCAAUUUCCUAGAGUUUUAAUUUGGUGGAGAAUGAUUUUUCGGGUCCUCACCAACGAAAGUAUUAGCUUGCAAAGAAGGCGGCAUCGACCAAACCACGAAUGCUCGGUUCCACGCACUUUCUAGUUUGAUUUGAAGUGAGUUCUGGUCCUCGGGAUCACUUGUGGAAGACCUCGAGGUAACAAGGAUUGUGAUUUUGUAGCUAGCUGUAGUUAUCCUUUUUUCAUGUGUAAAUGUACACCAAAAAUUUUGCGUCUAAAUAUUUUGAGAAAAGCUAACAGAUUGUUGUUGUAGUUUAGCCUUCAUUGUGAAUUCUUGUUUAGAUCAGUGCAGACAUUUAUUCAAUGAACAAAUUUGGACGUAGUUUAGAUC